ACAAAAUGAACAAAGAUGCACAGAUGAGAGCAACUAUUAACCAGAAACUGAUAGAAACUGGUGAACAAGAACAGCUUAAAGAAUUGCUAAGAGCUAAAUUAAUGGAAUGUGGUUGGAAAGAUCAAUUAAAAGCUCAUUGUAAAGAUGUGAUUAAAGAAAAAGGAUUAGAACACAUUACUGUUGAUGACUUGGUAGCAGAGAUAACUCCAAAAAGCAGAGCACUUGUACCCGAAAGUGUGAAGAAGGAAUUUUGA